AUGUCGCUUUACAACCCCACCACUAUCCUGGUGGCAUUACUGCUACUGUACAUCUCCUCCUUUAUCCUCUUCGCCUUCGUACGUGUUGCCACCGGAAUUUCCAUUCAACGAAUCGGUUACUUUUCUCUGCGCCGAAUUUCAUACGCACCACGAGAUGGCGUCCAGAUCGACAUCAGGGGCUUGGGACUCUCUUUACAUCGACCCUCGUUCUCCCAGCCGACGUGGGUGCGACUCCGUUUGACCGAUCUCAAAGUCACCAUCGAUUCAAAACAAUUGAAAAAUAAUAGAAACGACGGCACCCAUGCAAGUAACUCCUCAUCCUCGUCCGCCGCGGCGUCUCAGAAUAAUUCUCCGGAGGUUCCGCAACAUGCGACUUUUGGCGCACCGAAAAGCUCUAAACGGAGCGAGACUUGGAAACGGCUUACGAGGUUGAAGGAACGGAUCAAACGGUUGCAUAGUUAUAUACACUGGCUAGCUAUGAUUGACGUCCACGCCGCCAACACAACCCUGUCCUUUGUCGAUGCUGGUUAUAUACAAGUUGGAUCCUUGACGUUGGCGGUUGAUACUCGGAGAAAUAUGGUGGACCGCGGUCGAUUAUUUCGUCAUAAGAAAGAGCAUUCGCAGGAAUCGAGCCCGGCCGAAUGGAUUAUGAAUGUUAGGAAUAUCUUGCUUGCGGUCGACGGACGAGAGCCGUUGGAGUUGUUGGAUAAUUUCCAGGUGAAUAUCCAUGGUCACCUCUAUCGUGACCUCGAGGGACUUAGGGACACGUCCGUUGCCGUCAAGAUUGGUCGACUGCACUUCCCCUACGACGAUCUAAUGACACUCAGCCAGCGGAUUCGUCUAAGUCGGAAGUCGCAUUCAAGACAAGAUACAUUCAGCGAAACCGAGGAUGAAAUAUCAUUCGCCGAUUUCGUGGAAGAACUGGAUAAGCCUGGAUCAAGGGAGGAAGCCAUUGUACAGACCGUUGCUGACUCAAAGGAAUUUGUCAGUUCGAUAUUACGAGGAAUCGAAGAAAUCCAGGUUGCGCUGAGCUUCUUCCGGAUUUCAAGGUCGUUCCAACCGUCUUUGAAAGAGCAGAAAGAAAUGCAGCUAAAUCUGGUCACCCAUGAAAUCGGUAUCGAUCUUCAUCGCAUGGACCCGAACUCUCCGGCUCAUCGAAUGUACUUUCAACAACGCGAUGUGGCCCAUCAAGCUUUACUAGCUGCCAUAUCGGUAUCUGUGAGCAUGGAAGAUGGUUCCGGGACAGCGGAUAGGCUUCUCUACAUACCCAUGGCUACAACAACUAUCAAGACAACUCUGCCUUCGAAAACUGUGAGCUUCUCGGACAAACACGAUGCCUCAGAGCGCAACAGCAAUGUAUUAUUUGCCAACUUCGUCAUAACAUCUCCUUCCCUAGAUAUGGAGCCUCGCCAUGUCUCCCAAGUCCUUCGACUAGCAGAAGCGAAGAAAUCAUCUCCCCGACGCAAGAAGCGAGACAAUCACCGUAUCAUAUCGCGCUUGCUCCCUAAAGCUAAAAUCAACUUCUCGGUGCAGGAACCGGUCGUACGUUUCGUGCUCCCCAUACCCAAAGAAGCUCCCGUCGACGGCGGCGAUUACAACCUCCUUAUAUCAUCCAUCUCAUCCGUGUCGCUGGACAUUGAAUCUUUUCAUUCCGCCGAAGCUGGCUUUCAUUAUUCCCUCUCAUCAACAUACCGUGUUGCUUCGCACCAGCUUUAUUAUCAGACACCUGCCGGAAUCAAACACAACUUGCUACAGACACAGGACAUGGAACUGCGUGUGCAUUUGAACGCAACUCCUGAAGUCUGCGUCUUUGUGUCGGGAAGUCUCAACUCCUUCUCGGUCCAUAUGGUAAAUCCGGACGUCAAUCGGGGCAUCAAACAAGUCAUUGAACAGAUUCGGGCUCAAAUGAAGCCGAGGAAUCGCAUGUCAACUUCAAACACGGAGCAGAAGUCCAGUUUCCUGCGCCGUCUUCCCCCCUGGCUGAUGCGAGUACAGUUUGAGGCCAACGAAUUGACUUUCGAGGUUGCUGGUCCCCCUCCUGGUUCAUCAAAGACAAAUCGCGGAGUCGCCCUCCAUCUGGAUUCUUGGACCGCAGACUACCGGGCUCAGAAGCUUGAGCUUACUAGAUCCUCUACCCGAAGGCGAACGUCUAGUCAUUCUCACACUGCUACUCUUGGAGAUGAUCCUCCGUUCCGUUUCCCUCCCACUUCGCCUCCACGAAGGACCGGCAAUGGACAUGCCGAUGGACGAAGGCUAGCUAUACACAUUCGAGGAUUGGAAGGCUUUGUAAUUGAAUCCGAGGAUUACAUGGAGCCGGAGUCUUUCCUUUCGCUACCUCGGUGCGAAGUUGCAUUGACUACUCACAGUGACCUUCAAGGUCCCAUUUUCCACAUCAACUCUAGUGUCAAGGCUAUUUUCCUUGAAUUCUCCCUGUAUCGGACCUAUUCACUGGGAGUGGCGGUGAAUGUCCUCUCAGAAACAUUCAUGCAAUCUCCUGCUACGACACCCUAUACUUCUCAAUCUAUGGAUUUCUCGGCUUCGAUACCUCCACCACCACGAUCACUGUCGCAGCGCUCAGAGCUUACCACAGUUGACGUUCGUGUUGGACUUGUACGAGUUAAAGGUAUCAUGCCUAAUGACCCACGUUUGAUGUUGCAGCUAUAUACUGUGGCAGCCGGCAGUCAUCGUUGGUCAGCUCCUUUCUUCAGAUGCCAGCUUGCUCGUUUACAUGUUGCGGCGCCCAAAGUUCAGAAUGUGUGGGCACGAAUACUCUCGAUGAAUACUGUCCGAGUCGAUUUGCGAGAAUCCAAACGUCGGCACGGCGAGGAACUGCGAGACGAACGUUCUGUUGAUGUUUCGGCAGACUGGAUCCGGAUUGGUGUUCCGCAUCACUUGAUUAUGCACCGGGUUUUCGACAAUUUCACCGUGACUUUCAAGGCGUUAAAGACCUUAUAUCAACGAUUCAAGACAAACUCGGAUAUAGAUGUUCUUGAGAAGGAGCCAGAGGGACCAAAAAUCGUACCGCGAAUAUCGCUGCGCAGUAAAACACUCGCAUUCCAGCUAGAAGACGAUGCAUUUGAAUGGAAGCUUGGAUGCAUAUAUCGUGCGGGACUCGUGGAACAACGGCACCGUCUCGCUCGAGAGGAAGCGUUUCGAUUGAAGACUCAGAAAAUUCGGGAAGCAGAAAAUAGACGAACUCCAUCACGGUUUCGUGCGCAAUCUGCGCAUCCAGAAUCUCGUUUGGGACGACGGAGUGAUGAUCGGAGACGAAGUGCGAGUAUAGGCCCGCGGGAAUCUCGGCGAUCGUUCGAGGACGAUGCCGAUAAAUAUGGAUGUGCUCGGUACAGGACUGAUGGCGCUGCGAGUAUUUCAUCAUCCUCAAAGGUGUCUGAGAAAGAAGCAUGGGCUCGUUUACAGGAAUACAAUGCUCGAACUUGGAAGUCGAAGAUCGAUGCAGCCAUACAAUUCCAAUCAAAGUCUAUCAGGGAAUUACGGAAUAUCUUUGCCGGUGCCGAUCAACCGCCAGAGGACGUCGAAGAUGAUGAGCCAAUUCUCGCGAUUCCUAAUCGUCCUGCACUUAUGUCGGCUCUGAUCGGGGAUGUGCAUCUAGUUAUUGAUAAGCCAUCUUUUCCGAUCGAGGAAUAUUCACGGUUCCUGCAUAGAAUCGGCAAAGGCAUGCCCGUUGAUAUGAAGUUCUCCCUAUUGAUACCUAUGAGUAUUCAUCUUGACAUGGGCGAAGCCAGGGUCACGCUUCGUGACUACCCUCUAGAUUUGCUCCAUAUUCCUUCAUUACGUUCGGGCCAGUCGUCCCGAGUGCCAAGUUGGUCUCUACAGACUGAUUUUGUCAUUGCAGAAGAAUACCGCACACGUGAAUCGACACGAGACGUGCAAGUUUGUGUCGUUCCUCCGAGUAAACUUGCCGACGGCCAAAUGAGCGAAGGCUUUUAUGUCACUGUACGGCGGACCAUCGCUCCAGUCAAGACAUACUCCGAGCCGACAUUUGACAUCAACACAAGCCUUCCGACAAGUAUUACUUGGUGCAUGUCUUACCAGCCCGUCAUACAGGAUAUGAUGAAGAUCAUUGAAGGAUUUACAAAGCCUGAAAUUGAUCCGUCGGAACGAGUCGGAUUCUGGGACAAGAUCAGGUUGAGCUUCCACUCUCGAAUCAAAGUACGAUGGAAAGGUGACGGGGAUGUUCAUCUACGGUUGAAAGGAUCUCGUGACCCGUAUAUCAUUACCGGAUUUGGAGCCGGGUUUGUGAUGUGCUGGCGAAAAGAUGUUCAGUGGGAUAUUCACCCUACAGACGACCCUAAAGAAUUCAUGACCGUCACCAGUGGUGAAUAUGUACUUGCAGUGCCGGAUUACAGCCAUGAGGCACGUUAUUCGUACGAGCAUGCAUUGGAAAGUAACAAAAAUCAACCAUCCACUGGCCAAGCAAAGAACGCUGCCCAUUUUAAGAAGGUGAUGAUGAAGUUGUCGGGUAGCGUCAAGUGGCUAGCAGGACUGGUGUUUGAGCGUAACGCGGAUACUGGUCGAUCAUUUGAUUUCAAAUCACAUUACGAUGUGGUCUUGAGAAAUCCCCAUUAUAUUGAUGAAGUGCAGAGAAAGGAUUACGACGCGUAUCGUGGCUUCCGAAGCAAUCACAUCCAUCUCUCCGUGGCAGUUAUGGCUCCAAAUAGUGCGGAUCAGACCACACCAAACUAUAACACCGUUCACCUCACCCCUCGGCUCUUUACUCAUUUCUUCAACUGGUGGUCUCUAUUUUCUGGGGUCAUGUCACUUCCUGUCCGACAGGGUCCUCUUUGGCCUGGCAUCACAAAAACAAGUAAGAAGUUCGGUCGUCACUUGGCUACCGUCAAAUAUAAGCUUUUGCUCUCACCUCUUUUUGCCUCGCAUAUCUACAAGCAUAAAGAUGCCGAGGAAUAUGGAGACGACGUGGUCACUGCUACUGGCAUCAAAGUGCGCCUGGCCAAUUUCAAAUUCGACCUCCAUCAGAGACGUGAGCGUGUACAGACCCCGAUCAAAGGCCGUCUCAAGCAAAUGAAAUCUAGUGCCAUGCGUAUCAAUCGGGCGGAACUGGACUUCGAGGCAGCUGACUUUAGGGCUGUUUCCGCUAGUAUUGAAGGGACUGCAUUAGAUGAUAUUCUGGAAGACCAAGGCAACAUCGUCGAGUCAUUUCAACAACCUGUUCCUGCUGUUGAUGUGUCGCGCUUUAAUAUCCCAGACCGAGACUAUACCUGGAUUGAUAUGGAUGAUUUUGUUGAAUUGGACUGGAUACUUCCUCAAGAGUCACAACCCAAGACUAAGAUCUUGCCUCUUGCAUAUACGCCACGUUUUACAUAUUUUCGGCAGACUGAUCACGGAAACGCGCCAGUUUUGGAAAAUGGAAUCAAUCAAUUCGGUGAUGAACCGACGCAUGAAUGUGUGAUGUCUCAGGGGAAUGACCCAUGGCAGGUGCAGAUGGAUCUUAUCAAGGACCGUCUAGCGAAUCUCGAUAUACAAGCGAAAAACCAUGAGCUGCAACUCAGUGAGCAUGAGCUUCAACUUGUCAAAGAAGGAGAAGAUAAUCCCGACUUGAAAGUGAAACAUGAACUGCUCGUUCGUCAAGCAGAGGCUUUGGAUAGGCGACGCAAGUUCCUUAACGCAGGGCUUCAGCGUCUAGAGAGGCUUUGUCUCGGACAAGAAUCUGCCAACGACGCGCGAAGCCAUGAUGAUCGAGGCAGCGAAGAAUCAUCAUCUAGGACUGAUAAUGGAUCCGAAAGCGACAAAGAUGAUCCUGCAAUGGAUACAAGUUAUGAGGUUCCGGACCUGGAUUCAGCCAAUGACUUUAACAAUCGCUUCACAAUUCACAAUCCUCAAGUUAAAUGGAACAAUGCUUUGCGAGAUAUUAUGGUGAGGUAUGGUCAUCAAGUCAGCCAAAGGCGAGGAUUUGUGUACUACAUGUCACAACAAGCAGUCAAAUUCAUUUCGGAUAUUGUAUCCGAGCAGAAUAAGAACAAUCGCCGACGAAGGGGAUUGUUUGACGAGUCACCUACUCGCGAGGAGGAGGGAGAAAAUGAGGAUGAUGAAUACGUUCAGGACCGUAUUGAACAGCUUUUGCAUGACGCUAAAAGAUACGUAAAUGCGGAUGAUCCAUCAUCUACUUCUGCACCGGCUACUGAGCACACUCGUUCUCGCUCGGCUGAUUUCAGUGAUCAUAUAUCGUCAGAGUUUACUCCUCAGCAUAGUUACCAUCUCCGUCUUAUCGCGCCUCAGAUUCAAUUGCAAAGCGACAAGAACCCACGUUCUGUGACACUAGUGACUGCAAAGAGUAUGACACUUGAAGUAUUGUCUAUCAUGGACAAACGUCGAGUUAGCGAUGACGUUAGCGGAUUAGUCCAACGCCGGUUUUCCUUGGACAUGGAUGGUGCUCAAUUUUUCGUCGCGACACAAAAGAACCUCAAAGCUCAUUUGCAAUUCUACGCGGGCAACAAGUAUGGCAAUGCACCCGGUUCAGCCUGGCCGCCUUGGCUCACUUUGGAAGCCAUGUUUGAUUUUGAGCUCCUCCCGUUCGGCUUUUCUAGAAUUAUUCAACGCACUUCGGCGAGUCUUCGAUAUGAGAAAUUCAACAAUCUUCGCCUCAAGUAUAAUGAUGAGGUAUCGCAAAACGAGGGUGACGCUGCGCAGUAUCACGACACUACCAAUGGACGUGUGGAUCAAGUUUGGGUAGACUUUCCCAAUGUCAGGGCUAUCUGCGAUUCUACCGAAUACUAUUCGAUAUAUAUCAUUGUCCUGGAUUUGUUGUUAUACAACGAACCUCUGGAAAAGGUCAGAAGCGAAAAGUUGGAGAAGAUCAUGUUUGCUUCAGAUUUCAGCGAUCUACGGGGCGCGCCGGAGACUGUGUCCAGACUGCAAGAACGUAUUCGCCAACUUGAAGAGAUCAAGGAGCACUUCCAGAUACAAGCCAAUAGCCUUGAUCCUCGGGGUUGGCAGGAUAGAAUCAUCCUUGAAAGGGAUUUGGCCAAUUGCGAGGAAGAGUUGUUCUUCAUCAUGAAGGCAAUCACAACUUCUCAGAGAAGGACGGAUGAACGGGCUCUAUCUCAAUCUAGUGCUUCAAUGCGAUGGUGCAUAUCAGCUUCUGACGUUGUGUGGCACUUGAUGAGAGACAGGAACGAGCCAUUGGUGGAGUUUCAGUUACGCAAUGCCUCAUACGAGCGAACAGACUAUACGGACGGAUCCAACCAUAAUUUGAUUGAGGUCCAACGUUUGUACGCGCUAAAUCUGCUAGAGAACGCUAUCUAUCCGCAAAUGAUUGUUCCGUAUAUGGACCACAAGAGUCGUACUGAGAUGAGCGGCGAUAUGAUGCUUCGUGUGCAGUGGUACAUGUUGGAAGCUGUUGCUGGUAUACCGGUAUUGGACCAGUUUGAGGUGAAUUUGUUUCCACUCAAAGUUCAACUAGAGCGAGAAUUAGGAAAGAAACUGUUCGAGUAUAUCUUCCCGGGCGUUGGAUCCAACGCGUUCGAGAAUGGUGGCUUCUCCCCGUUUAUGGUCAAGCACAUCAAACCCAUGGACGAGGAUGAGGACGAAGAAGCCAAUGAAAGCGGGGCUGGAACUCCUGAUUUUGUUUCCACGCCGCGUAGCCAGGGUAGUACAUCGAAUGGAGAAGACACACAGAAUCUUACAGGAGCCGGUUCUAUUGAGUUGAGGCUGCAACCCACGAUGACACUUCCUGACAAUAGUCGCAAACAAGCUCAUGCAGCACGUCCAAACCGUCUCAAGGUGCCGCCGCUAACUCGAUUCAAUAAGAAAGAUACCCAACGCCUGUCCCCGACGGAUACAUCAGGUCCUACUCUUCGCCCGGCUACUCAUCAUGGUAUUAGUAAAAAGAAGUCCGCGGAGAGCUUGCGAGCUUUGACAAGAACAUCCACUGAGAAGUCGCUCGGAGCGGCAUCGACUGCAUCUGGCAGCACGGGCGAAAGCAAACGAUUCACACUUGGGAAAGGUUCGAAGAAAGAACAAACCGACGAUCUGACUCAAAUGAUGUCGCGUGCGUCUAAUUAUAUGAUCCUCGCGCAUGUCAAGAUCAACGAUGUUGUGCUUUGCUUGAGUUACAAAGGCAGAGGAGAUCGCAACAUUGAAGACGUACACGAUUUUGUGUUCCGUUUACCCGUUCUCGAAUACCGCAACAAGACAUGGUCGAAUCUUGAACUUGCGUUGCGCCUGAAGAAAGAUGUCAUCAAAGCAUUGAUCUCGCACGCGCCGGCAAUCCUAGGCAACAAAUUCUCCCAUCCCCGUCCCAACAAACAACAACAGCAACGAUUAAGGGAGCUAGCAUCUUCUUCUCAAAUGCUGCCUGCAUCCGACACCGCUCUUAACAGCAGCAGCGUCAACCUGGCAUCCACGGCACAGAGUGUGAGUAGUCGAGACUCGGCCAGCAGCAAUCGAAACCAUCUCGUCUCUACUUCUGCCUCUUCCUCCUCUGGCCACAUUCAAGGCGGGCCCUCGUCAUUGUCACAAUCAAACAGCUCGGGGACCUAUCCCCUCAAAAAAUCCGUUUCGUACUCGUCGUCGAGCAACCUCAGUUUUUCCCGCGAGCCUAGUAUUAUGAUUAAUGAUUCUCCUGUGACGAGAGACGAUAGUUCGAUUAUUUCAUCCAAGCGAGACUUGCAAGAAGGGCGCCCGCGGACUGCGCAUAGCAUUGGCGGGUUCUCGCAGGAUGAUAGUUCUAGGAGGAGUAUUCGAAGUCUCGGUCGCAAGCUCCUUCAUCGUCACGCCACGAAUGAUUGAUCUCGUCAAAAUCCAUAAAUAAUACAUAUACACGACAUAGACACAACCGAAUACUCAAUCGAAAACGAUUGACUCACCUCGUCAAAUAUUUAUGCCUAUGCAUACUUUCCCCUUAUAUCAAAUCCAUGUACUCCCCGGCGUUCCAUUUCUUCCCGCCUUCAACCUAUAUACUUCAAGUGUAUUUUGUUUGCAUGUACAUGACCUUGUUUUCUUUAUAUGGCAUGUGUAACGGCCUAAGGCGCAUGGUAUAUGCCCCUUAUUUUUUAUUCUUUAUGUUCUUCAUUUUGGGAUACCUUUUCUCAUUGGCACAGCUUGUGUUAGUUGUUUAUUUGCUGGAGUGGACGCCUCUCUGCUUGCGCUGUAUUGAUUAGCUCAGCUAAGGGGUUAGGAAUUUGGUAGACGGGACAUAUAGACAGGUUUUUUUCUUUUUCUAUAAAAUUCUGAUAAUGUAGUUACAUUUAUCUAAUCGAUUCCUAUAGAGUUGGUUUAACUCUGGUAAAUAAAACUUCAAAACGCUUGAAUGACUUAGAUCGAAUACCUAAAUAGAUAAAACAAAAGUUUUGAGACAAAUAGCAAUUUCCGUGGUAUCCAUCCGUCCGUCCGCUCGUUGCAUAAAAUCGACUCCCUUCCAAGAUCGAGGUCUUGUCAAAAGAUGAAACCAAUACAAUAAAAAGAAUGGAAAAAAACUGAAAAUAUAACUCCGCGCAUACGGGCCCCAUGGCUAGUAGCCAUACCUAGGUAUCUCCAAAUAUGUAUAUAUGAAAGUGGUGAAAAGCGUUCUUGUAAAGGAUAUCGAUGUAUAAUGUGUAAGUAUAAGAGGGAUACACAGGAUGAAGUGUAGAUGGACGCGAGGAUAAGGAUAAUGCUGAUUAUCCCUGCUAUUGCUAUUGCUUUUCGAGGUCUCGACUGGGAUCGGGGGUAUUAUCGGACUUAUUAUCAUUAUUGGUGGCUAUUUCAUGAUCGUGACGAGAUGCGCUUCUUUCAAGCCCACCGGCGCCUAUAGUACCUUCUUCGGCAGUCACGGUGCCUACGAAAUUCUCAUCGUCGCCGGCAGGGGCUCUGGUGGUGUGGUCUGCGGGAAUGUUCUCAUUGUCCUGGGCGGACCCCGGUUCCUCUGCUAUGGAUGAUUCUCUCUCUGGUGAAAGCUGUUUUUCGCGAGCGGUAAAUGGUAAAAUGCGUGCUUGGAAUGAGUUCAUGCGUGUGCGUGGAUUGGCUGUGAUGUCGUCUGUAAAGGGCUCUCCGCCGUCGUGUUGCUGUACAAGGUGCCAUGUUUCCUUUUCGUGACGCAGUUCGGCUUGGACCCAGGGGAAAGUGAUGAGGGUCCAGAGACCGGCCC